CUCGUUCUACCGAUAUGCUCAAUUCGGGGGCUCAUGAGAGUAGAGUAGAUAUGGUGAAGAACAGGCUUAGAAUGUCUUGGGUAGUACGACAGCAUUUUUCAUGUGAAGUUGCAAACACACUUGCUACGUACCAAUUCAUUUUGCAUAUGCUUGGUACUGUAGGAUAUGAUCAUUUAGAUGAUUAAGACAGCAUACCGUUUCCAUAUAUGUAUGAUAAAAAUGUAGACAAAAUAAAGUUUCUGUAUUCUCGCCCAAUGUCAAGUGGAAAACGACUGGCUGAUUUUACACCGCCUUUCUUGAAUUGGCAGAAUCUAUUUGAUAAACAUAUCAACGAGCCUCGACCACUUUCUCCCCUCGAAAUCAUACAAUUCUCCAAGCUUCGUACAAUAACACGCGCCAAUUACUACAGCUAGUUAACUCCAGUUCGAAUCAAUCACAUCAAAAUCCUUUUCGCUAUAUAAACCCUUCCCUGCUGUAUUCAAUAGAACCUAUCGACGCGACGCGCAUUGCCAAAAUGGCAGUCCAUGAUGUUGCCCCGGACUACAUUACCUUUGAGAGUAGAGUGGCAUCUUACCGUUAUGCACAACCUAUUACCGGCCGUAGGGCAUCGACCACUGGAUCAAGAGUUCCAAAAACUCACAAAUGGCCACACAAGUUCUUGUUGCCAGAACAGGUACGAUGUACUCUACCUUUGUUAACCUGUUGCCCGCUGACUUUGUGUAAAGCUUGCAAAAGCCGGUUUUUUUUAUUACCCUUCCCAAGCCAAUCCAGACAAUUCCGCUUGCUUUCUCUGCCAUAGAUCCAUUGACGCCUGGGAGGAGGGUGACGAUCCACUGGUAGAACAUUUAAAACAUUCUCCAAAUUGUGGAUGGGCAACUGUUGCUGCCAUUGAAGCACAAGAUGAAGAAUUAAGCAAGGAGUUUCCUGCCAGUUUAAGAAUGGUCGAGGCUAGAACUGCAACAUUUGCAGGAAGAUGGCCUCAUGAGGCUAAGAGGGGCUGGAAAUGCAAGACUAAACAGGUAUGAGCUGUCUUUCAUCCAUGACGACAUUUACGCUGACGCGGUAAUAGUUAGUCAACGCUGGAUGGAAAUAUACCCCAACUUCGGAUUCAAAUGAUAUGGCUACCUGCACUUAUUGUUCACUGGCGUUAGAUGGAUGGGAGCCAUCCGACAAGCCAUUGUAUGUUUGGGAAAGUUUCUAGUGUCUACAAAAGCUAACUCAUCUCACAGGGAUGAACAUUAUAAUCGAUCGCCCGACUGUCCCUUCUUCACACUUAUUGACGAACAUAAUGCAGAACUCGCCUUGAAAAAAUCAACAACUGGCAAAAAAGGCAGACCAUCGAAAGCAUCCAGAUUAUCUACACAGUCCGCUAUUACUGUUGCCAGCGAUGCAACUGCUGAAGAAGGAGAUAGCAUUAUCUCUACAGCCACAACAAAAGGCAAAGCAUCUGGGCUUAGGGGUCGGAAGCCUCAAGCUAAAAAUACCGAGCCACCGCGAUUAUCUGCACAAUCUGCUAUUACUGUUGCUAGCGAUGCUGCUGUUGAAGAAGGAGAUAGCAUUCUCUCAACAGCCACAACAAAAGCAAAGACAUCUGGACUUAGGGGUCGAAAGCCCAAGGCCAAAAAGGUUGAGCCAAUUGAAGUUUCUAAAGCCCUAUCAGUAUCUACCACGUCUAGUAGAAAGAGGAAGAGUGACGACGAGGCCUCUCAGCCUGACGUCCCAAAUCCAGAGCCUAAAAGACGCACCACAAGGGCUAGUACGGCACGUGUUGUUGUUCCCCAAGCAUCCGCUGCGCCAUUACGAGCACCAACCUUCACAGACUUGCAGAACCAGGCAGUAAUUUCGGAUUUGCUCUGGAUGGAAGGUUCUCCCCCAUCAUCUCCUCCACCCUUGUCAUCUCCUCCACCCUUGUCAUCUCCUCCACCCUUGUCACCACCUCAAUCUCCAGCCGAAGACAACCAAUUUUCAGACACAGAACAUCAGUCUUCUGACGCGGAAAAUCAUCUUCCUGAGAGACCAAACACCCCUCCAAAUCAAAGUUUUAUGGCACCUAAAACUACUAAGCAGUGGGAGGCCAUAGAUACCGAGAUGUUUUUUGGUGAGGAAGAACAUGAGCAUUUCGUAACCGCAAUGGCCAAACUCAAAACGGGAAAUUUAAGCAAAGCAGAAAGUCAAAUGUCGGUGGAACAAUGGAUAUAUCACACGGCGGAGGUUGCUCAAGAAAAGCUUCGUGAAGAGUGUGAGCGAAUGGUAGCAGCGUUUGAAGCAGAAGGUCUGAAGGCCUUGGCUUGUUUGGAAGCAAUUGAGAUUGUUUGAAUUUAAUUUUGAGACUGUCUUUUCUAGAAGCAAGUGUGAUUGCUUGACUUACUUUCGACAUUGUCUGAGCUUACUAGGACAUGUUCAAAUCGAAGUUCAACAUAUCUUCUUUUCCUGCAUUUAAUUGGGCGCCGGGUUUUAGCAGCCAUUGUUACAAAUCAUAAACAACAAUUGAAAACACUUCCACUAUGGAGUGGAGUUCUUUCCUCCAUGGGGUUCUGAUUAGGGUCGUUUCGAGCAGUGACUCCUUCACUAAUCAGAACUCAUGGGGCAUAUAAGAACCCUGAUAUUGUCGUUUAUGACCCGCAACAAUGGCUAUAAAGCUUGGCGUAGUUGGUGACAGGCGGAAUGAGGUUGAUUAGGUUGGAUUGGAAAUAGAUGAAAGAAGUUUUUUUUUAUAUUCUUAGCGACUGGAAGGGCGAGGCGUUUACAUUGUAGGAGCUUUCUGGGAACAAUAAGGAUACAGAGGAUUAUUGGCGUUUGCUUGUUUUGGUUUUUUUGACUCUUUAUAGGUAGGUUGAUUAAAUAUUUAUACCCGUUAUCAUUUGUUAUUCAUUACUCAUUUUUGCUGUUAGGAAGUGAUGAGAUUAUAUACUAUGCCUCUAACUGAUAUAAGAUAUUUUUUUUGAAUUGUUGUGGAUAGUAUAACUUAGACAUUGAGAUAUUCAUAAAGAGAUUUAAUUGAUUUUUCUCGGCGAUAUUUCUCUAUCUACUAGGUAAUUAUCAAGCUAGAUCCUAUAAUAAUUACUCCGUAUUAUUCUUUAGUAUCUUAAUUUGAAUUUGAUAUUCAUCUUAUUAUAUAUAUAUAGUU